GUGAAUGUGGCUGGUGGAUGGACUGAAGUAAACGAUGGAAUUGAUCGCGAAGACAAAGAACACAUUAAUCCUCCUGCAGAGGACCAUAAGGAGGAGAAGGGCGUUUCAGAUGGAAUUUUUCGCGGUUGGGAAAGGCUUAUCGGGUGCUCUGAAGCUGCUGAAAGAGCGAGGAAGCCUUGAAGUAAAACAUGAUACGGAUGCAGUUCGGAUGACUGAUGAAUUAGGUCGGCCUAUGACGCAAAAGGAAGCGUAUAACAGACUUUCGCACGCAUUCCACAGGAAGGGGCCUGGCAAAAGGAAGCAAGAAAAGUGCAGGAAGCAAUUCGAGAAGGAACAGAAACUGAAGCAGAUGAGUAGUUCAGACACGCCAUUACAGUCCAUGGAGACAGUGAGGGAAGCUCAAGCUCAGUUGCGAAAACCCUACCUUGUCCUCAGCGGUCACGUUCAUCCGGGUCAGACAAGCGAUCCAGCGAGCGGAUUUGCCACUGUCGAACAGUUCGAUCUUCCCAGGGGCUUGCCUCUCAUUCCCGGUGAAAGAAAGCGCAAAUCUGACCCUGAAAGUUCAGGGACACAAAAAAGCGUAACACUUGAACUUCAAGCUCUUUUGUUUCUUGUUUUAAUGAAUUUAUUUUCCCCUAUAAGAACCGUGAUUAAAUUUAACUUUCGAGAUUUAAAGAAGUUUAGAGAAAAUUUUCAAGUUCUGCUGUUGAUUGUUUGA